GUUCUGUCAAUCAUCUAUCUCUUACCAUCUUGAUCUGAUAAUUUAACAACAUUGUCAAAUGGCGUCAGAGUUUGUCAGAUAUGUUUUGGAAUUUUGUUUGGCUACACAGAAAAUGAAGUGAGCUGUCAGAAGAACAUCUAAACGAGUGGACAGCUGGCCUUUAUCUGAUCGACAGAAAGAACAAUGACGCCAAUUCAUUCAGAGGGAACAGAGGAUUCCCGGGAAGGAUCACCUACAAGCUGUCUUUGGAUUCAUAGAAUCACAGCUAUUAGAAGAGCAACAGAGUCCAGUUGAAACACAGCUUUCUUACCUCCUCUUCAAAGUAUACUGAUGAUGGCAAAACACUGCACUUUUAUCAAUGAAAGAAAAACUAUUAUUUUGAAAUCCAAGGCGCUAAAAAUGCUUUAACAACUGGACUUCAUUUACAUUGUAAUGAAUGUACUGGAUUUCAUUCAGAGACAUUUAAGAGCAUGAAUUUGCAAACUAAACACAUUUUUGGACGUCAGUUGUCCGAACCAGAUGCAUCGGUUGACACAACUAGAGAUGUAGAUUUAUCCAGUGCAGCAGCCGCACAGGGGCAAAGUGUGAAACCUUUUGGCUCUGCGGCCGCUAGAUUCCAAAUCCGCUCUGCUAAAACACUCCAGUAUGGACCCGCAAAACACAUUUAUCAAGACAAGACAGCAGUUGAAAGAAGCAAAGAAGAGAUGAAGACAUUUUAUGAGUCAAACAAAAGCAAAAGCUUAGACUGGAGAGGGGCAGGUAUUAGAACAGGAUAUAGAAACACAACAGGGGUGUCUAGUGGGACCCAGAUUUUCGGUCAACAUCUUAGGCGCUCUGAAAGUUUGAAUAGAAAUGAUCCAAACUACCAGAUCACAUCGUACACUGAAGAUAAUCAACCUAAUAGUGUUCCAUGGAGGUUUCAGGGUUCCAGUUUAACCGGACAAGGGGACAGAAAAGAUUACCCGAACUCAGAAUCUACGCCUGAUACAAUGAAACAGUUCACGUUUGCUAUGGAAAAGACAGGUGGUGGUCAGUCACUCCCUGUCAGGUUGAAAUCAAGACCUAGCCAACAUAGUAUUGGAGACAAUAGGAGUCCCUCGGCACAGGUGCAACAUGGUGACUCCGGUCCUGAUCAACCGGACAACAAAAUAGGAAUUCGGGUCAGAGAGCAAGGACUAACCAUUACAGAGGAGGUGACUGGAAAUCAAACAAUUAUGGAAAGAAUUGAGAAACUCUAUGGGGCAAAUUGUACAGAUACUAAGUCGGAUGCAAACUCAAAAGAUUUGCUCAAUGAGAAACGCAACUGUACUUCAGAUUCUGGUCAGGUCCUACGUCACAGAAAAACAUGCACCGAUUCACCUUCUGGACCUCUAUCUCCCUCUGACAGCCAACAGACGAGGCCUUCAUACACUGUAGAAAAAUCUGGAACAUUCCCAAGAUGGUUGUCUAAAAAUGAACAAACGUUCUUCGAUAAGAUUCAAGAACCAUCUACCCCAGAGAUCAGAAAUGACCAAAGGGAUGCUUCUGCGGGUGUCAUCUUGGCAAAGCCUAUGAGAAUGGAAACACAUACUCAUAAAAAGUUUCAAUCAUUUACGUCCGCAGAUGAGAAGACAAGUAAAAUAAGGUCCUUAGAAAGAACCAGGAGUAACCUUUCUGACAUUCCUCAACCCAGUAGAACACAUGCUCAGGCCACGGGUUUAGAAGGUGGUUCAAACAUCUCCAAACGACAGCUACCAAUAAUAGCAACGUCUGGGGGUAUCAAGAAAGAAACCAAGAAAGAAGAACCAACCCAACCCAAGUAUCCACUAUCCUCAAGGGGAGCAGCCCAGGGUGAAACGUAUCAAGAGGAUCCGAAGGCUGAAGGAGGGAAAGGAGAUGGUCUGCUAGAAUUCUCUUCGGACUCCGUGAAAAAUACCAUCCACAAGUUUGAAGCUGUGAUGCAACAAAGCCAAAGCGGGCCACAAAUUUUACGUCCCAGAAGAGCCUUAUCAGUACCAGAGCAACCCAAGCCUGUGAUCCAUGUGAAGAAGAGUGAUUCAGAUAUGAAUCUUAAAUUUACAAGAGUCAUGGGGAACACAGAGAGCGCAGGAACAAAUCCUGGUUAUAAAGUUAAGGAGCCAGCAGGCAAUCUAGAUCUAAACAGAACUCCCCAAUCAAAUCCCACAAUCCAAGUAAAACCCACAUCAGAACAAAAGAUGAAGACAUACAAAACAAGUAUUGACAUAAUUCCAACGUUCCCAAAACUCCAUGAACCAAAGCCUAAUCAACCUAACACAUAUGAUAAAAUUAGGACAACUGUGCGUUACAGACACAUGGAUGAACCGGAUCUUGCCAUCGUUCCUCGUUCAGGGCUUCCAAACACAGGAACAAUAGAGAAGAAAUCAAGGAAUCCGACUUUUCAACCUACAGGCUCACAACAGUCAAACGACAACCGUUUAAUAAAGCAACCAAGCAUUUGUGUAAAUAUGGAUGAUGAUAAAGGCGACUAUGAUGACGAUGACACACCUACUAAUUCUCCAAAUAGAGAUCCUCUCACAAUAAACAUGCAAAGUCAAAGUAACACAGUAAAACCACAAACCUCAGCGCAAACCUCAUAUACAGGUGUAUUCACCUCAGUGAAGUCAGCAGCCAAUGGCACUCUCCCUAAAGCCGUCUCCAAUCCUUCUGCUUCCAUCGGUCCUGCUCAGACACUCUAUUCCUCGCUCAAUAAUUCUAACAAUAAUAACUAUAACACAAUAAGCAAUGAUCCAAACACAUAUGGCAUAUGGAGCUCUGAUGAAGAAGACGAUGAUGAGGACUAUGAGGGAACGGAUUCAGGAGACUCUGACUCAGGAGAAUCAUCUGUGACCGUAACAAGCAACAUGAGCAGAUCAGAUCGCAAAAGCUUUUCUUUGAGUUAUGUGGAACUAUGUAUUUACGGUGGAGUGGACUAUAAACCAUCAGAUGGAAGUCUGUCAGAGGAUGGUGAGGACUGGGCGCCCUCACGCUCUGCCUCUCUGAGCUCAAACAUGUCGGGGUUCUCCUCUGUGACCCUGCUGAGCAAUCAUGAGAUGGAUCGCCUGCUGGAUGAUGUCAAAAACUUGGGAGACGACACCCUGCAGAAGUAUGAAGAUAUUCAGGUGGUUGUAUUGCACAAGGAGGUGGGGUGUGGUUUAGGAUUUACCUUGGCAGGUGGAGUGGAUCAGAAUAAACCAGUGACGGUCCACAAAGUGAUUGCUGAAGGAGUUGCAGCACAGGAAGGCUCUAUCUUUGAGGGUGACUGGGUUCUGUCGAUCAACGGCACGCCCCUGCAGACGUGUGCUCACUGGGAGGCUCUGAGGACGCUGAGGAAAACGAGGAGUCAGGCCAUGGCAGUGGUGGUUCUGCAGAGAGGCGACCAAAAUGAGACACAGCACAGAAAAGAGGCCAUUCACAGACCACAGACAGGCAAGGGAAUUUCUGUCACCGUAAACAAGUCCAGCUAUGAUCUUGGCUUUAGUCUGGAAGGAGGGGUGGACUCCAGCUCGGGAGACAAACCCCUGACUGUACAAAAAGUCUUCCAGGGUGGACCAGUGAAUAAAGUGUUUCCUGGGGAUGAGUUGUUGGAAGUGCAAGGCAAGAGUUUGAUGGGCAUGAGACGUCUUGAAGCGUGGAAUCUAAUAAGGAGACUGUCCCCUGGACCUGUGGAGGUCUUAUUACACCGUCCUCACCAACCAUAUUAAAGACUUUUUUCUUCCUCCUCACUUCUCAAAGCACUUUGUGAUUCAGUCAUAUUGAUUACUGUUUUUUGCUAUAAGAACUAUACAGGUUCUGUGAAGUUGUAUUUUUACAAAUUGUGUGCUCCACAUUUAGAAAGUGUAAAUUGUCUUUCAUAGAAAUUAGAAGAUAUCUUUACAUGAACACAGUCUAAUUGUAAUGAAAAUAUGAGUACUGGAGGCCAGUUUCUUUUAAAUAUGAUUGUGUUAUUUUAAAUAAUGUUUGUACACUCACAUUAUUGAUAGUUAUAUUUUACAAUCAGUCAGAGGCUAUAUUUUUUUGCUAUAAAUUGUGUAUAUGUGAAUAUGCUGGCUGUACAGCACAGAUCCGUCCUCGUUUUUUUUAUAUUAAAGCCAAUGUGAACUAAA